GAUGUUGACAAUGAGUCUUAUAAUAUCUGAUGAUGACCCUGAAGAAGGCGAAAUCAUUGAUGAUGAUUUCGAGGAUAUUUCUGAUAAUUCUAUCAUUGAACCCUUCCACACUGGUAAGUUUAUAGCUCCUAAAGAGCAAAUACCUGCAAUUUCUCUGAGUAGUGUCAGUGAUUCUGAUGUGCCAGAAAAGGAAGAUAAUAAAUGUAAAACUCGGCACCACCGUAAACCUCCAAGAAGGAAAAACAAGUCUUUCAGGAGAAAGAGGUGCAGUCAUAAUCAUAGAAGACAUCUAUUUAGUGAUUCUGAUAGUGAUGAAUUCUUGGAUCGCAAAUUGCAGAAACAACUCAAAGCUGCUAUCAGAGUUGACACAGAAGAAUGCCAUAAGAAUAGCUUACGAACCAGACUGAGAGCAAUGACAAAGAACAAUGAGAAUGAUUUGAUAUAUGGAAGUAUUGGCAGUGAGAUGCCUGGCAACAAACCAGAAAUCAUCAAUGAAGCAGAACACCUGAAGGAAAGUUCUAAUGAACCUGAUGAAGACCUAAUUCAGCUGAGAUUAGAAGCUCUUCGUACAGCUGUGCUUAAUAAAUUUGAGCAUAGAAAGAAAAGGAAAAUUAAAGAAAUAUUGGAAAAUGGAGAUGACCUGACAGUUAUUGAUAAGGUAGAUACAUCUGAAAUCAAUAAAGAAAAUACACAGUUGAUCAAUGACAGCGAACCUCCAAAUAAAAAAAUGUGUAAUGAAAAAUCUGAGGAAAAACCAUGUGAAAAUGAAGAAGAAAUUAUCCAUAUUAUGCCACCUCCAGAUGAAGAUGAAGAUGUUCUUAGAGCUUUGCUAUUAGCUUCAAUGUCAAAAAAAAUAACUAAAGAAGUGGUACCUACAAAGACUGUACUUAAUACUCAAGCUUUGAAAGAAAGUGUGAUACCAAAGCAAACUGCUCAUCAGAUGAACAAAGUCUUGCCAACUACAGUAACUAAGAAGGAAAUAGUGCCAUUCAAGAAUCAUUCUAUCAAUAGACAGAAUUUCAAAUCACAUAUGAAGACAAUUGCCAGAAUACAUCCUAUUAUCAUCAAUGUGGAUGAAUCUGACACAGAUGAUGAAUCUGCCAAUAAUACUAUAAAAAAUGUUGUAAAGCAACCAGAGAUCCUUCCCAAACCUAGUGAGAUUGAAAGUUCAGUAGAAAAAUUCUUGAAGGAACAAAGAGCAAAGGUUGAAGCAGAAAGUGGUUUAGGAUGUCUAGCAGUGCCUGAAAGAACUGAACCAUUAGGAAUCAUUAAACCAAAUGAUUCUAGUAAACCAAUUGAGAAGCCAAUUGAAUCCAGUAAACCAACUGACUCAUGUAAACUAACUGGGAUAAAAUGCACUCCUAAUAAACCAAUAAGUACAUCUGUGAUAUUAGAAAAGUCUUCAGUUAAACUGUUACCAAAAAAUAAACAGAUAGAGUAUCAGAAAUUACUGCAAAAACUCAAGAAUGCAGAACGGAGACCUAGAGUAAGGCGUUUAUCAUCAAGAGUUACUGGUGAGCCAAAACCUGUGGGUAAUACUCAUAAGAAGAUCGUUAGGAAUAAAAUGUCAGUGUCUGUGAAAGAUAGUGUGCAUAAGGUAGAACAGUAUCCUGACAUAAAAAAUGAUGCUAGAACUUUGCAUUUUGCUUUGAAAGAGAUGCAAAGGCAGAAAAAUGGAAGAUUACAGAUUGAAGAGAAAUAUGUUGUGCUCACGCCUAUCAUCAAAAAAAUCAACGAAGCGACUACGGAAAGGAAGAAGUACGAUCAAGAAGUGAAGAGAUUGCUUCAGGAGCUAGCUGAGGCAAAAAGCAAACUUCGUGAAACACACAUUAGUUUUUCGACGCACGUCCAGGAAUUGAUAAAACAGAAACAGGAGAUUGAGAGUUCAUCUGUCAAACCGAAUGAUGACCGUAUGGAAGGAACUAAACCUAAGGAAUCAAAAUCGAAAGAGGGGAUACUUCAAAAUAAGAAACAAAAAGAUGUUGCCUUUACUUCGACCCCUAAAAAAGAUCAUCCACCUCUAGAAUCAUUUGAAGCCAGUACGAUUCCUUCAUUGACACCUAAUGUUACACCAAAUCAUACCAUAUCAGAAGUGAUGUCGAACAGUAUGAAGGGGAAGUUGAUGGAUGAUGAAAUACUUCUUAAAGAAACAACAUUGACUAAUGCUCCCAAAGAGGGAAUUGAACAGCCAAACGAGGAGAGAGAGAUAGACGGUAACAAUUCAGAUGUCAUUGAAGCACCAAUUAAUCCGGGAGAUCCUAAUGAUAUUGAUAGAAUUUAUAAGACUCACAAUGUUGUUCCAGAAUAUAGAUCGCCAUUGGAUUGUGUGAAACGGAAAGAUUGGUUUGACCCAUUAGCUAUAAUGUGUCCAUAUGAUGUGGAUGGUAACUGCCGGGACGCAGAGUGCAUUUAUAAACAUUACUCUAGAUGA